AGGUAAAACAUGAGACAUAUACACCAUAGUUAGGUCUUUUCGCCCACCUCCUCCCUUCCCCACAACAUUUCUGUCAUUUCCCAAACUGGACCGUCUAUUAUGAAAAAGUGCUUUCAUUCUAGUUCUAAGUUCUACUUCUUAGUUUUUUUUGCAGGAUUUUUUUUGUUUUUCUUCGCAUCUUCUUCUAAAUCUAUGUAUACUGCAUCAUCAAAAUAAAAGCUUGAUAGAGAUAUUUUUGAUUGCACCUCACCGGCCUCAUCUUCGUUCAGUGUCAAUCAUGAUGUCUCGAGGAUCUCAGCAAGUAGUAGCUCAAAUAGCACGCGAAGCUAUCAAGGUGUCGGCAUCGUGGAUGCGUUCCCCACUUUUACCGCAGUUUUCCAACGGUGUUGCAGGGGCGAUUCGAGAUUCAGCGACCAGAAAAGCGACUCGAUCUCCUGCUGCAAAAAAUACACACGUCGCGGAAGUGGUGAAAGUGAUGGGCUACACAACGCCUGCGGUUCGUGACAUCGGUGGAGCAUCGUUGAGGAUAUCAGGACUCAGCGGUUCUUGGAAAGCUGGUGGAUAUCUAUUGGGGAUACGGUUUCCACGCGCGCAUGCGCAUUCCCAUUUGUAUCCACCUUUCGAAGGAGGAAAUUCAGGUUGGCUCCCAGCCAUUGCGGGAGUGCCGAACGAGCAGGGUCUUGACCGGUACGGAAACUCCCGGAAAGGCAUGGCCGAAAUAAUGGUCAUGGCAAGACCAAUCGUUGCAAGGGAAGGGAAAGACCUGCACCACGACGACCACAGCAAUAACAAGAAAAUCAUUGGUUUUUCGUUUCUACCCGAAGAAAUUCUAAGAGAAGCGAGCGUUGCCGGUGGAGAUAUUGAGGUGAUGGAGAUUGAGCGAGUGACCGAUUUCCAUCUCGGUCUAAACGCCGGGCGUUGGCUUUGUUUAAGAAUGAGCCAGAUUUGCAAGGAAAAUAGCUUCGUUCGACGAGGAGAAGAACAAAGAGGAACGAAGGAUGAUGGAGAUGGAGUAGAUGCUCCAACAUCUAAAAAAGAACAAGUAGAUGAAGCCAAAUCGGAAGAAGACCAGGACACCAGCACGGAAGAAUUCUUCAAAAGCACAGGACUUGUUUUUGAUAGAACAAAGCUCGAAGAACCGCCAAUGGACGCCUCCUAUCUUUUCGACCACCUGGGCGGAUCAGCGAAUGCUGGAGUUAGUGGACAAAAAAUACUACGAAAAGUCGUGGAUGAAAGAGUUAUAUUUAGUGAUGGUGCUGAAGUAGAACAAGUAGGCGCCAUUAUAUCUGAUGUAGAGAGAAAGACUGUUUCGAAACUGUAA